AUGUGCCCCAGUGCCUCUGUGGAAGCUUUUCUCAACAGCACCCUCACCACCUGUGUCCUCCCUGCCCUCUACUCUCUGGUUCUGCUCACGGCGCUGCUGGCCAACACUCUGGCCUGCUGGAUCCUGGUGACCAACUUCAGGAGAUGUUCCAGCACCCUCUUCCUCCUCAACCUGGCCAGUGCUGACCAGGACUUUGUCCUCCUGCUCCCCUUCAAGAUCUUCUACCACCUCUUGGGCAAUCACUGGUUCUUUGGGGACUACCUGUGCCACACCACGGUGGCCUUCUUCUAUGGGCACAUGUACAGCUCCUUCUUCUUCCUCACCUGCGUUGGCCUGGAACGCUACAUCUCUGUGGUCCACUCGUUCCUGUGGAAGGGCUCCAGUUGGACGUGGGGCAAAGCGGGCGUCUGUACAAAUCAUAUCUUGAGCCUGAACAUCACAACGUGCCACAAUGUCCUAGGAAAGGAUAAGCAAGUGUUCCUUAUCUACUGUUUCCUCUCCCUAGUGGGGCUGGGCUUUGGCUUGCCCUUCGUGCUCAUGACCAUCUCCUACAGCUGCAUCCUGGCAUGGCUGCUGGCCAAGGGGAGGUGCUAUGGGCAGGUGGUGCAUGUCCUGGCCCUGGUCCUCCUGGUCUUCAUCCUCUGCUUCACCCCCAGCAAUGUGCUGCUCUUCAUCCACUGCAUGCUGGAGGCCACAGGGUGCACCAACGUCACCUACAUCUGGUACGCCCUGGCCCUGGUGCUCAGUGCCUUCAACAACUGCUUCAAUCCCUUUGUUUACUUUUAUGUCUCCCAGAAUUUUCAGGGCUGA